AACACGACGACACACACGACUGCGACGCCGUCGCCGGCGCCUGUCGUUCUGCCAAGCCAGAUAUACAAGAGUAAGCAAAUUACGAACAUGCAUCUUCCUGAUUUCCCAAAACUAGCAGGUGUUCUUAAGAUAGGGGUAGUACUCUUAUUAAUUUGAUGUUAUACUCCCACCAUAAAUGUACUUGAGCCCACAGACAAUGCAGUUAAGAUGAUCCAAGGUCGAGACCACGAUAGAUCGGUUUAUGCUUCUUUAGUUAAAGAGAUUAUAUAUCUCUUGUCUCUUCGAGAAAAUAGUAUUACUCAUGUUAGCCGCUCACAAAAUAAGGUUAGCGAUAGUCUAGCAAAUUUUACUCGUGUUGAGGAUAGAACCAUGACUUGGAUCGGCUCUGGUCCCUCUAUUGCGGUUGAGCCAGCCUCCGCUGAUUGUAAUCUUUUGGUGGUUGAGUAAUACAAAUUUUUCACUCGCAAAAAAAAAGUACAAGUUUUUUAUGAGUCAAUUACAUAGAUGGUGCUAGAAUUUGGCGUAAACGGUCAUUUUGAUACUAGAAGUUGCGGUGUACAUCAAAGUGGUGCAAAAACUUGGCUCGAACAUGCAAUGGUAUAUGGAAUCUGCGCUGACUAGGCGCAUGGGUCCUGCUGUCAGCCACUGGACCUUGGAGAGGGGGUGUGUGGCCUGAUUUUUUUUUGAGAACUCCCUCGGAAUAUAUAUUUUGGCAAAAAGAAAUCCAUAUCUAAGUGCCAUUUUUCAUCCCGCUGGUCAAAAUUAUCAGGAAAAAGGGGAGGCCAGGACUCAAACACGCGACCAAGGUAAGAGAGCAAACCUGUCCAACCAAUACGAUGUUCCGGUUACGACGUUCUCAAUGGAUAACAAACAAAUCAUAAUUUUUAUUACUUAUGUUUUAAAAUAUCUUUUUUUUAGAAUCUCACAAAGCUUUAUUGCGUCACAAUGUUUGUAGGGACGAAUACAAGAUCUCCGGGCUGACCUAGCCAAACAUGGCGGCCAAACUCUAAGGAUAAAGCGUACUUUGCGAGAUUAUGGGCCUCCUCAUUUGAGGUCCUGAACUCAUGACUAAAAAAGCAAGAAGAAAAAUUACUAGAGAUCAUAACUUGAAGAUUUUGGUCAACGCCAUCAUCGUCCCUCUACUAGCAACUUUAUUCUGCUUCAUUGUUUGCUUUGUAUUGAUCAGAGCACACAAGAAAGAAAAGGCUGGCUUGCAGGACAAGCCUAACAUAAAUGUCAACGAAGAUGAAUUAGUUUGGGGGUUAGAAGGAAAGGAUUCAGAGUUCACUUUUUUCGACUUCUCGCAAAUAUCGAAUGCUACAAGUAACUUCUCAGACGAAAAUAAAUUGGGACAAGGGGGCUUUGGCCCUGUAUACAAGGGCCAGUUUCCAGAUGGGCGGGAGAUGGCUAUUAAGAGACUUGCUUCAAAUUCUGGACAAGGUUUCACAGAGUUCAAAAAUGAAGUCCAACUCAUAGCCAAGCUCCAGCAUACAAAUUUGGUUAGGCUCUUGGGAUGUUGCUCUCAACGGCGGGAGAAAAUGGUGAUAUACGAAUAUUUGCCAAAUAAGAGUUUGGACUUCUUUAUUUUUGCAGAUGACACAAAAAGGGCUUUACUAAAGUGGAAUAAACGCCUAGCAAUAAUUGAAGGCAUAGCGCAAGGGCUUCUAUAUUUGCACAAGCACUCUCGGUUGCGGGUCAUACGCAGAGAUCUGAAAGCAAGCAACAUUCUAUUGGACAAUGAAAUGCAACCUAAAAUUUCAGAUUUUGGACUUGCAAAGAUAUUCAGCUCAGAUGAUAUUGAAGGAAACACAACAAGGAUUGUUGGGACAUAUGGUUAUAUGGCUCGGCUCCUGAGUAUGCUUCUGCUGGAAUCUUUCUCCACCAAAUCUGACGUAUUCAGCUUCGGUGUACUAAUUCUUGAGAUAAUUAGUGGAAAAAGAAACUCGUGUUUCGACCAACAAGGGAGCUUCUUCAACCUUCUUGGGGACACAUGGAAGUCAUGGAAGGAAAAAAGGUGCCUUGAGCUCCUAGAUGCAUCGCUGGCUUUGGAUAUUUCUUCAUCAGAUAUAAUGAGAUGCGUUAGUAUUGCACUAAGCUGUGUGCAAGAGAAUGCAGAUGACCAGCCCACCAUGUCAGACGUAGUGUCUAUGUUAAGUACUGAGAACAUGACCCUUCCUGAACCUAACAAUCGGGCCUAUUUCCAAGUAAGGGUAACAAAGGAAGUAGCGUCAAUAGUUCUAGGGCCAUCAAGCAGUAAUGAGAUGACAAUAUCUGUGCUAUGUAGUAGAUAGAUUAUUUGUUAAUUAUUUGAGAUUUCAUGAUAUUGUUUGAGAAGAUCAUUUUUUUUUCUGGCACGGGAAGAUUUUGUG